UGGCAACGCCAGAAGAUUAUUGACGGCCGAUUUUGUUUACCAAUUUUAGCAAUUGAUUUUUGUCAUAAAUUUGAAAAUUAUAUUAACGAAUUAUAACAAUGAGUAGUAAAUCGGAAACAGAUGUAGAAAUGUCAACAUCAGAAAAGCCUCGAACCAGCGGGGACGCCAACGAAACCGCCAAAGUUGAUGAAUUAAUUUCGCUGGAAACCUUGCGCGAAUCGCCUGUGCAAUGGCCAGAACGCUUUCCCGGUAUGGAAAAGUUUUUAACUAUGAGCGAUACACCAAUACACAGACCGAGCGCUGAUAGUGACCAAAUCCUUAGCUGCGUCAAUUUGGCUGCUAUUAACCAAUUCGCCCGGCUGCCGCCCGAACAGUUGGUGGAGAAGAUUAAAUCGAUGCAUGAUCAAAUCUAUAGAUUGGGUCUGCGCGAGUCGAAGGAAAUGACGCGCGGCAAAUUGCUGGGCAUCUUCGAUCGGGAGCGUCUAACCAAAGCGAAAGCCAUGCGCAACUAAUAACGACUGAUUAACAAAUACGCAUAUACUAAUUAUAUUUAUGUAGUUUGUAGUUAAUC